GGCCGUUUCUCAUCUGAGGACAUGUCCUUUGACUCAAGGGCUGGACAUCGCGCUUCUGGGGAGACAGCAGGGGUGGGGUGUACCCCGAAGUCUGGCCACAGGGGCGCCAGGGCAAUUCCACGCGGACGUGCAGGAGGCGGGAGGGAGCACUCACCGAACGUCCCUCGCUAGCUUUGCGCCCGCCCGCGCUGAAAAGGGUCGCCCUCCGCUUUGUGCGGGCUGACCCUCCAGUCAGGAGGGUCUAGGGGUUCUCCCUGCGGCCAUCAAGCGAGGGCGGGGCAAGGAGGAUCUAGGGCGGGACUGCGAGGCCAGUGUCUCUUCCGCUUUCCCUUUUGUUCUCUUCAACUGCCGACGAGAUUUCGCGAGGCUCCGGCGGACGCACCCACGAGUCAACUUCAACGGUGGAAGCGAAUGAGUUGCGGGGGUGCCCCGCGGCGGAAGAACCCCGCGCACCAUGCAAUGUCCGCCAGACUGGCCCCCGGUGCCUGGCGCCUUCAGGCCCUCGCCCUUCCCCAACUCUCUGCUGCAUGCCCUCCACGGUCUGGCCCGCGCGCUGCUUUUCCUGGCCUACUGGGCCCUGGACCAGCUGCUGGGCUGUUGGGCGCCGAUUGCGCGCCCCAGCUGCCUAAAGUGGCUGAGAGCAGCCGCGGGAGCCGGAGCAGCGCUCCUGCUGCUAGUGCUCAUCGGUCUGCCUUUGGCCCUACCGGGCCUGCUGCUCUGGCUGCCUCUACAGGCCUGGCGCCGUCCCUUCUGCUACCAGCCCCCUCCGCAGUGCUGGGCGCCUCCUGCACCCUGGCGUCCCCCAGCUGAGCCCGUGCGCUGCUUCAGCUUUCUCAGCGCCAACGUAUGCCUGCUCCCCGACGGGCUAGCACGCUUCAGCAACUUGCGGCACACCCAGCGGCGAGCCGAAGCUGUGGGCGCGGUGCUACUCGCUGGCCUGCGGCCCUUGCGCUAUGGGACUAUGGGCUGCAGUCCACCAGCGACUGGGGCGCCCGGCGGGGUGCUGAUAGCCACGGUGCCGGCGGGUCUGGACUUCGUGUGCCUGCAGGAGGUGUUCGAUCUGCGUGCGGCGCGCCGCCUGGUAAGCCGCCUCGCGCCCAAUCUGGGCCCAGUGUUAUACGACGUGGGUACGUUCGGCCUGCAACCCGGGCCGCACCUCAAACUGCUGGGCAGUGGACUGCUGCUGGCAUCCCGCUACCCGCUGCUGCGCGCCGCCUUCCGGUCCUUCCCUGACGCUCGUCGCGAGGACGCGCUGGCCUCUAAGGGACUUCUUUCUGCACAGGCACAAGUGGGCAUCCUGGACGGGCGCCGCGUCGUGGGCUUCCUGCACUGCACGCAUUUGCAAGCGCCAAUUGAGGACGGGCCCCUGCGCUGCAAACAGCUGACGAUGCUGCUGGACUGGGCCAAGCAGUUUGAGGCUGAGAGCGACCACGCUGAUGAAGUCAGGGCCUUUAGCGUGCUCCUGGGUGACCUGAACUUUGACAACUGCUCGCUAAACCACGCACUGGAGCAGGAGCACCAGCUUUUCAACCACUUCCAGGACCCCUGCCGGCUGGGCACGCGCCAGGAGCAGCCGUGGGCCCUGGGAACGAUAUUGAACACUUCCAGGCUCCACCACUCGGUAGCCUGCUCGCCGGAGAUGCUUCGGAGGGCCCUGGAGAAAGAGGAAGGGCGCCACCACUACCUGGCAGGCCCUUGCCACGGAAGCCCCCGGGCUGAGCCCUGGCGCGGCCGGCGCCUGGAUUACAUCACCUACCGGGGAGCGCCGGGAGGCCUGCUGAGUCCAGAAGUAGAACAGGUGACAUUCAGCACCGCCCUGGCGGGGCUCACAGACCACCUGGCCGUGGGACUUCGGCUCCGAAUUUCGAUGCCUUCGUGAGGCGACAGCGGCGAGGCAGGGUUGAAAGACGGAGGGGCAAGGAGGCACAGCGUGAGCCUGGCGGGUAGCAGCCGGAGCGGGACGACUGAAUGGAUCUUUAUUGUGCGCGGGCUCCCUCACACAGCCUCCUGGGCCCUGCGGUACUCGUAGACGCUGCCUCGCUCGGAGAAGGGUGGGGGCUGCGGGGGCGACACGGGAGGCGAGGCAGGGUCCUCGGGGUCCCCGUAGCCCCCGCCACCUGGUGUGUGGAGGCAGAACACGUCCUGUGGAGCAGAGGGGCAGGUUCAGCAUAGGCAGGGUCCCCACCUGCCUCCUGCUGCAGUACCAUCCCCACAGCAGCGCAUCCACAACACUGGCCUGAGCUGUUGAGUCUGGUUUGCUGUCCCCUCUCCUUCAGGAGCCAAAUUAAACUGAGUCUCUGGUUA